AACCAAUCCUAUCCGCCACUCUCCUGCUUCAAUGUUCAGAUUGUAUCAUUAUUCUAGCGCGCAAAUUUAACAAGUGUUUCGAUUCCAAACCUCGAUCACGGUUCCUCUAUUUCAACUCAAAAACACAAACGUUCUUCCGAAAAUGUCCUCACCUGAAGCAGAAAGAUCACCGAGUGGCGAACCUGACUGUAAACGAUGCAAAAUUACCAGCCUGGAGUCUCUUGGUCCAUACAUCAGCUCGAAAGAUAAUGCAAAGAAUUUUACCUACAUCUCUGAUGUUCCUCAGAGCUGCAUAGACGAACCGUGCGUUCUUGGUGUUGAUGAAGCCGGACGUGGUCCAGUUCUCGGUCCUAUGGUGUAUGGAAUUGCGUUUAGUCCUAUCAGCAAAAAGGAUGUUCUCAAACAGUUGGGCUUUGCCGAUUCCAAGCAACUGACGGAGGAGAAACGAGAUAUAAUAUUCGAUAAUAUGAAUCGGAAAGAUUUUGCCAUUGAAAGCAUUGGUUGGGCCGUGGAAGUGAUUUCACCGAAUCAAAUUAGUAUGAGCAUGUUAAGACGCACGAAGCGGUCUUUGAAUGAAGUUUCCAUGGAUUCAGCUAUUGGGCUGAUUCACAGAGCGAUUGAAGCGGGGGCUAAUAUUGCAGAAGUGUACGUCGAUACGGUUGGACCUCCCGAAAAGUAUCAGGCCAAGCUGAAGGAAAUUUUCCCCAAAUUUAAGAUCAUCGUUGCGAAAAAAGCCGAUAGCACGUAUCCGAUUGUUUCAGCUGCUAGUAUUUGCGCAAAAGUAAGCCGAGACCAUGCGUUGAAGGUGUGGAAGUUUCGCGAGGGGCAAAAUCCGGAUGUUAAUUUUGGGAGCGGCUAUCCGGGUGAUCCGGUGACAAAGGCAUUUCUCAACGACUUCGAUCUCGUGUUCGGUUUCCCGAGAUUGGUUCGUUUUAGCUGGUCUACUGCAGGGAAGGCGCUGGAGAAGAAAGCAUACGGGAUGCAGUUUGAUGACGAUGAUGAGGAGCACGACAAGCAAAAAGCAACCUAUGGGAGUGAGAAGCUUUCCAAGUAUUUCGCGGCGGAUCGGAAAGAGCAAAGGAAGCGGCAUGAGUAUUUCAGAGAGAGGUGUCUAAAACACGUUUCAGAUAUUUAGAAAUAUAUGUUGUUUUUGUUCAA